UUCGUAUGUGAGGAGCCCCGGACUUGGACAGUUGAGAAAUGAAAAUACGCAAAUAUUAGGCAUACAAAUAAGGAAGUGGCCAUUCCUUUGGAAUUCUUGGUCUGCGCCUUCAGUAACACUUCUCCCGCCCCGCCAGGAAUGGCCGUGUUGGGCAUUGGCUCCGUGGAAGUCCUGACGAUGCUCCCCUUGCCUCUGUAUGGCUGCCUGGGGAGGCCUGUCUCCCUACGACCUUCUGGGCACCUGCGAGGGCAUCGCUCUCCUUCCCGAGACGAGUUUGGGGGACAGACGAAAUGUUCUCCAGUGCAGCAGCAGGAGCUGGCAGCCCAGCACCUUCCCCGGCGGGAUUCUCGUCGGCGUGCGGGUGGUCGUGGCCCUGGUGGCCGGCGUGUGCUUGGACGUCUUCGGGCGCCGGCGGUCCAUCGUGGCUUGGAUGGGCCUCUACUUCGUGGUGGCCUUCGCCCGCAGCUUCUCGCCCAACGCCGAAUCCGUCGUUUUCUGCAUCAGCCUGGAGGGCGCCGCGGCUCAGGCCUCCACGCUGGCGCUCCUGCUCCUAGCUGCUGAGGGGAGCACUCAGAAGGAGUGUGUACGCUCUGUCUGCUUGGUGUUACUAGGGCAUGCUAUAGGAGUGGCAGGAACGACCCCCAUCAUAACACUUUUCGUGCAAGAUUCAGUCUACAGUCAAAUGGCGAGAAGUCUUCCAUCCCUAGUUUUUGUUCUUUUCAUAUUUACGCUUCCUGAGAGUGCACGGUGGGCAGUCUGCCGUGGGAAGGUGAAGGAAGCUACCCUGAUGCUCAAGAAAUCGCAUCAUGUCGCCUUUGACCAACAUCAGGCAUAAACUAACUGCCCUUCAUCAGGAGUAU